AUGUUUUUAUUGUUGGUAAUAUGGGGUAUUGCAGCUAGCUCUUUAUUGAAGAAUACCAACUCAUUAUAUGAAGAAUGGAGACAUAAAGCAUAAGCCUUAGUUACUAGAACACCAAUGGAAAUGAUAAGAUAAACAUUAGGAUUAAGAAGCUUAGAUUCAGAUGAUGAAGAAUAGUUUAUUAUUCCAGAGACUAACGGAGAUCUAAAACACUCUAGAGUAGUCAGAAUGAUGGAAGAGAAAGGAACACCCAAUCCUCCAGUUCCAGUAGUUAAUAAUACAAUUAAUGAAUAUUUAAGAUAAGGACCACUGAUCCCACUCAAGUGUUAUCUUGGUUAGCCCAUUCUUAUCAACGUGACUUAGCAUUACUGCUUCAAAUAGAAAGUCACCUAUCUUUAAUACUAAGAUAUUUCAGUCAAAAAUUCAGCCAAUUGCACCAUUAGGUAUAGACUGCAUUAUGGGUGUUUGUGUCCUCCUGACUUUUAUGGAGAUUAUUGCAAGAAUUGGAAUCCUAUAGUCUGUGAAAUAGAGUAACCAUCUAAGAACUGCAAAUUAGUUGUAGACGAAGACUAUUACAAUAAGAAGAUAGAUGGUAAUCCCCCUUGUAAUUAGUUUAGGAGUAGUUAGUUUGUGGAUAAUGUGAGAACAGUCUGCUAUAACUAUUACUAAAAUCUACUGAAUACUAGUGUAUUUUAUCCUGAAGAGAAUUACACAAUCAUUUGGAGUAAUUACACAAAAGGGAUCAGUGCCUUGUUGCCUCAAUAAUACAAAUAUUCAGCUCCAAUUCCUGAAGAUCCCAAUGAUCCAUAGUAAUACAUUCAAUUUGCCACAGCCUCAGAAGAAGCAGAGAAGGAAUACUUCAAAUAUGAAUAGAAGGCAUGCACUGGAGUUGAAUCAAACACCUUAUGCAGUUCCUUAUUGUUCAACAUAAACCCUUACGUAAGGUUUAUCAAUUGGACAUACUUAUCAGAAUCCGAUACUACUUACAUAGAUUACGAUUUGACACUCGUUGAAAUGUUAGGAUAGAACUACUUCUAGGUUCCCAUUAAAGUUACUAAAUCUACUCCUUUGUUUGGCAGAUACUCGUUAGAAAUUGGAUUUAUUCUACAUCUCUACGGGUAUAAUGAAUUAUAUGCAACAAAUGGAUCCAAUGUUACAGCCUAAAAUAGUUCAAAGGAGUAUUAACCCCAAUUGUAACCAAAAAUCUUAUUUUUUGAAGACUAGUUAUAUGAAGAACCUGCUUCUUCAAUUAAGUAAUUAGAAGGAAAGGCAAGAGCCGGAUUAAUAAUUGCAAUUGUAAUAUUACUCAUUGCAAUUCUAUUGAUCUACAAAUAUAGAAACACUCUGACAGAAUGUUGUUUCCCUCGAAUCGACAAAGUAGUCCCAGAAAAAUAUGAUAAUUAAAAAGGUUGUUGUGAAAAGUGUUUCGAUUGUUUCAAAAAGGAUUAGGGUCAUCGUCAUCAUGUAGCCGAACCUAAUUCUUAACAUUAAAAUUAAAGUUUGGAAUGA